AUGCAAAAAUCAAAAAGUCUUCAAUUCUACGCGAAUGGGUCUCAAUCACCACCCAAACGUAUUUGUUGUUCGGGAAGUGUUGAUGAGAUUAAAGAUUUGAUCCACACCACUCGAAGCUCCCACUGGGAACCACCAUGGGCGUCAUGGCGGUGUCGUCUGGGACUGCCUUACGGAUGGGAACAAGCAAAGGAUAACGACGGGAACACUUAUUACAUAGACCAUUUGAAUCGAGCCACCACCUACACCGAUCCCAGAAAAACUCGGCCACCCGAUGGCAAGAGGACAGUUAGUAUUCGACGGGGGAAAGAUAUAGGAUUCGGAUUUGUGGCUGCUGGACAACUACCAACUAUUAUACAGUUUGUGUCGCCAGAAGGUCCAUCAGACGGUCUUCUAUUUGCCAAUGAUCAAAUUCUGGAGGUCAACGGAGCCAACAUGGAAAAUGAAUCAAAAGACAGCGUGGUGAAUGCGGUUCGAGCUACAAAAGACGAACUACAGAUUACUGUACAACAGCUACCUCAACGACCGAAAAGUUCGCGGAAAAAUUGUAAAGUUCGGUUUACGGAUCGAGUUUUGGUAUCAUCAAAUAACGAAAAUAAUUCCGACUUCCCACCUCUACUCCCAAACGUAUUGCGUGUGUAUUUGGAAAACGGACAGACGAGAUCAUUCAAAUAUGAUACGAAUACAACGGUUAGGAAUAUUCUGGAAAGUAUUCUCGAAAAACUUCAAAUCACCGCCAAAUCACACUUUUCACUGGCCGUUGAGUACUCGUUGGGAGCGAGAACAAGUCGGAUUAGUCUCUUGAGGCCGGAUUGUAAGAUUAAAUCGAUCGUGGACCUACCCAACUCGGAACACCUUCGAUGCGUCUUUCGUCUCUCGUUCGCCCCUGCCGACGCUUUUGUGCUCCUCUUAUCAGAUCCAAAAGCUCUAGAAUAUUAUUAUCAGCAAUGUGUGAAUGAUGUGGUCCGUGGCCGAUUUGCCAUGGAAAUGAGAUAUGAGGCCUGUAUCAGGCUCGCAGCACUGCACGUGCAACAGGUCGCCUAUGAUUGCAAUAUAUUGAAGGAGAACAACAAGGUGUCGGUGAAUCGAGUGGAAAGAGAAUACGGUUUGGGAACGUUCCUGCCAGCGAUUGUAUUAGAAAAUGUAAAGCGGAGAGAUGUGAGAAAACAUAUUCGAUUUUAUUUGAAAAGGGACAGUUCGAGAUUAGUGGAUUGUCUUGGGAAGCCAAGUGUCAGCAAUGGGUAUCCGCCUGAAUUGGAAGCUUGCACCUCCCAAUUCGCCAAUGAGCCUAGCAUGAUGGUCCGUCUCAAGUACAUCCACAUUGUCUCUCAUCUUCCAUCAUUUGGCGGACGGUCGUUUUGUGUGACAUUCAAAGAGUCUCAAAUUGAUAUGCUCAUGCAAGUGGAACCAAGAACUGGACUCUUGGUACGGCAUCCUGGGAAAUCUGGACAGCCAUCGAUAUCGAUUGGUUUUGAUUUAAUUGGAAAAUUGGUGGUUUGCAAGGAGACGGAUGUGGCUUCUAUGAUUAGUAUUCGAUUGGCUAGUAAUCCACAUCAAGGAUUAGAGUUUCUGGUUGAUAAGGAUGAUUUGGAUGAUUUGGUCAUGUAUAUCAUUGGGUAUCAUAAGAUAAUCUACGAGAAAGAUCUCGAGUGUGAAAUCGACGAUUCCCCACCGUGUGCUCGUGAGCUUCCCGACAAGGCGCCUCCCUACUCCGCAAUACAUACCGUAAUCAAAUCCGAUUGGAAUUAUUCAGAAAAUUCUGAAGCGACCCAAGAGAACGCUUUCGACCCAACAGAUGGUCCACCGAGCUAUGAAAUUGCCAAUUCUUUUGUUCAAAUUGCCUUUGGCAACGAUAAUGAAGCAGGAGAUGGGCAACAGUUGGACAAUUUACCCAAAUUUGAACCUAAAAAGCUGUUAAGAGCUACCGACUCAUUAUUGAUUAAAAAUUCGAGGGAAUUGCAUGCGAAAGAAAUUCAAAAUGAUCAGGAAUCAUCGGAUGCCGAGGAUUCUUCUUUUUCUUCCCCUCUCCGCUCGCCAAAUAUCGAUCGAUUAUGCGAUGGUAUUGAUUUAUUGAUGACUGGACCACCGGCUCGACGAGCAUCCAUUGAGACAUUGCUUCAGAAUAAUCAGAAUCCGAAUCAGAAUUUGGAAAGUUUGAUUUUACAAUUUCCAUCGAUUCCGGAUGAUGAGGAGGAGGAAGAAAGUAAUAUUGGAAUGGCUACGUCUACGACUACGGUAGUGGCAAAUGGAAAAUGCUAUCAAAAUGGGUCAGCUAGUAAGAAUAGCGACCAACACCAGCCACUAAUCUGCACUCCAGUGUCUUUUGGUGACUCAAUUGCUGCCAUCGACGAUGAUGUUCCACUACUUUGA